CUGACCCCACGCUGGGGAGCUCCUAGAAUCUUCUGGCUCCAGAGAAGGUGCUCUAGUCAGGGUCUUACUUUUUGAGCGCGACGUCACAUCACAAAACACUUGGGCGACAACGGCGAAACGGCCAGCUCUUCUCUCUCUAACCUUGGGCCGCGGUUCAACUCCAUACCCUCGAACUGAAAACGCUCGAUCCAGAAGACGGCUUCAAUCCACCGACAUGGCUCAAAAAUGCGUCCAUCAGGGGUGUGGCAAGACAUACACAGACGCUGAAGAGGUCUGCCGGUACCAUCCAGGCCCACCCAUAUUUCAUGAGGGCCAGAAAGGUUGGAAAUGCUGCAAGCCCCGCGUCCUGACCUUCGAGGAGUUCAUGGAGAUCGAGCCAUGCACUCAAGGAAAGCACAGCACGACCGACAUACCACCGCAGAUCGAGAAGAAAGAAGCGGACCCGGAGCUUGUGAAGGAGGUCACCAACGAAACCACAGCCUCGCCGGGGCCCGCCCUCCCCCGUGCACCCAUCAAUGCCCCCACGCCCACCCAGACGCCGCCUCCCCCUCCCCCCGAAUCAGAUGACGACGACGCCUCCCUCGAGAUCCCUGAUGGCCGCACGUGUCGGCGGCGGGCUUGUGGAAGUGUCUACAAGAAAGGGGCGGAGCGGAACGACAAGGAGAACUGCGUGCACCACCCAGGCAUUCCCAUCUUCCACGAGGGAAGCAAGGGGUACAGCUGCUGCAAGAGGAGGGUGCUCGAGUUUGACGAGUUCAUGAAGAUCGAGGGCUGCCAGACCAAACCCCGGCACUUAUUCAUCGGCAGCGGAAACAAGGAGAAGGGCAAAGACACCGGCGCGGAAGAACUGCUCGAGACAGUAAGGACGGACUUUUACCAGACGCCAAGCAGUGUAAUCGCGUCCUUCUUCCUGAAGAAGAUCGAUAAGAACACCGCCAAGGUCGUCUUCACGCAGUCUUCCAUCCAGCUCGACCUGCCCACCAGCGAUUCUCCUCCGAAGAGGUACAGGACCGAGGUCCCUCUGUUUGGCAGCAUCGAUCCAGAAAAGACCACGUAUAAGAUCUUGGGCACUAAGCUCGAGGUGACACUAGCCAAGGCGGAAGUCAGCUCUUGGCCUGUCCUAAGAGCCGAUGAUCGCCUAACGGGAGAGAUCCUCCAGGUGGGCCGAGCCGGAAAGGUGCAGUAGGUAGGUGCUGGCCUCUCUCGAUAGGCAGUGAGCCUGUCCGUCGUUGUCCUGGCCGGACACACAUCUCAUCGCGAUGAAACUGCGACAUGGAGACGGGAGGAUCGAUGAUGUCUCUGUCUGAAGGGACCGGGAAACUGGGGUCUUUACCGAUGACACAAGGUUCAGAUCUGACUACCGAGCCUUGGGAUAGCCCAAGUCUUUUGUGUCCACCAAGGCACAUGCUGGCCGUGCUUCUGUCCAUUGGGCUGGCCGUACGCGCCGUGCAAUAUAGGAGAUACAAUCCAGUGGAUCUGUCUGAUAUAGGUGCCACUCUCCAGCCUCACGGCUUGUGAUUGGAGAUGUCGCAGAUAGGAGUCCUGCGGGCGACUGUCGAUCAGGCGUUCUAGGGCCCUUGGCGAGAUAGACCUGACGUCUGUUUCUGACCCGGCUCAAUGUUUCUCAAGUGAGCUUGUGUACGGACGUAUCUAACAGUCCGGAGCGAAUCAGAAAAGAGCAGACGAAGAAACACCGGAAUGAAGCCAAGCAAGGCUGCGUCCGGAAAGACCUGGGCUGUGCUGCCGUGAAAUACCUGUAUUGAUCCGUGGGCCAUGUUCGGUGUCCGAUCCCCAGAGCCCAGAACCACCUGCCCUCCAAAAGGUCUCAGUUGCCACACCACAUGAAUGACUGACAGGCGGCCUGUCCAUGCCACUACGCCCUGAUGGCUGACGUCGUGAACCCAGCACGAGAGCGCCUGUCCCCAUUGGCCAGCAUUGAGAAACAAAAGAUCCGGUCGAAACUACUGCGUCGCGACCGACUCAAGCCGUCCCGCUUGGCGGAAGGGUGGACCACAGGCAGGCGGCUGGGCGGAGAGGGACAUUGCGGAUAUGCUAACAAUUAUGCUUCGGGCCAAGGCCGCUCUCCCUUUGUAUUCCCGUGUGGCUUGCCUGGAGGGCCGCGUUGUGGGCCCGAUUCAAUGACAGAGUUGUGAAGCACCACGGGAGCUAAGCCCGGCACCCAGCAGAUAAGAUUUACUGUCCGCCGCGAGGAAGCGAGUCAGGAGCAACCCGGGCUAUGUUCUCACGGCGAUCGAUUGCUUCCCCAAGACGGCAGACACCUCUGCCGAGAAUAGGCAGU